AUGACUGUGCCGUCAGUCAGCAAGGCAUGUUAUCGCUCCAAAGGGAUUCGCAUUGGUGGAAGCCGUUCUAAAAAUGGCUGUUCAACCUGCAGGAUACGAAGAGUAAAAUGUGAUGAGACAAAACCUAAUUUCUUUGGCGGCUCCCAGUUCCGGUGGAUCAAGGCGCUUAUUGUGCAGCUCGGCCAGCAAGAGGAUGCUGUCAACUCGGCCGUCGUGGCCUUUAGCUCCAUGCAUGAGGCGGCGUUUCGCUCUCCACUUGUCAAACCAUCGACGACGAAACAGUUGCAAGGUUCACAGCUGGAUGGCGCCAUUACCUCCAUAUCAAACUCCGAGGAAUGGGUGGUAGCUACGGCCGCGUAUUGCGCCUCUGUGCGAGCACUUCAGCAAUCGAUAAAUAGGCAUGGCCGGGUUGCAGUUCCAGCGGCGCUGGUUUGCUGCAUUCUCUUUGCAGCCCUGAACAUGAUGCAAUGCGAUUACGACGGCGCAGUUUUACACAUUGAACACGGCCUGGGGAUUCUUGCAAAGGAGCAGAGUAUCGAGCGCAGCGGUGGAAGCCUCUGCCUGCCGGGCUGGUCGGCAACGACUGCCGAUGGCGCCAUGUCGGCGCUUGUCUCUGGUUUCUACCGGCUUACCAUUGCCGCAUUCUUCUACGGGCGGACGGAAACUCUGCUACGGGAACGCAUCGUGCUUGCGGCCUCGUCACGGGUGGCACAGCCCUCAGUUGACGGCGUUAGCCUGUUUCAGUACAUGGAUGAGGCGCGCACUUCACUCGCAACACUCGUCGGGUGUACGCUGAAAUUUGCUGCUGAGCUAGAGCAUCUCAAUUCGUGGGGCGCUUCUUUCCGCGCUACGUCUGCAGCAGUGACAAGGGAAGUGGUAAAUAUGGCCGAAUCACGCAUGGUACAUAUCGUCCUCGAGAGCCAAUUUCUGUCACUAGUCAUACUGCUUCACACGUGUUUCGACGCAGAUGAAUCCGGUUACGACGCAUAUUUCGACGAGUUCCGGGCAAUCUUGGAUCUCUGCGACGAGUAUAUAGCGCUCUAUGUCCGGUCACUACAGUCUUUUGGCCUGCAGCGCAAAGGUGGCGAUUUUACUUUUGAUAUGGAAAUUAUGCCGCAGCUCUGGCUGGUCGGAAAGAAAUGCCGACAUCGUCAGCAUCGGAGGCGAUGUAUCGAGUUACUAAAAACGUAUCCUCGCCAGGAAGGCGUGUGGGAUCCCCGACUAAUAUGUAGUCUUGCGAAGCGUACCAUGGAGAUUGAGGAGACAGCACUGUCUGCCGAUGGCUCUUCACUCCCAGCCACCCUAGACAGGCUGUGGACUGUUGAUUUAGACUCGCGAUAUGUGCAUGGUAGUCUGGCCGUGUUCACGUACAAGCCCAUUGCUCUCGGAGGACGUGGCUUGUCUUGGGAAGAGAUGAUCCUUGUUGAGACAGGGCAACAGGAGAAUACUCGUUGA